AUGGAGGACUCCAGAACUGGGACGCGAAAGCCUGAAAAGCCUUCAAUAGUAAAGCAUGAGCUUUGGCUGAAGCUCCACGAAACAAGUGCCAGUUGCCAACUGCAGAAGGGGCAGGAGGUACCCGAGUAUCAGGUGACGGACAUCCCGGACGGCAUCCGACAACAUCCCUAUCGGAGGGACCGGUUGCCCACCAUCGAGGUCUUGCUUCUCUGGAACGAUCCAGACACGAAGGCGACCCGUGGCCGAUGUCUCUUCACCAUGCCUCAUCCGGAGACCCCCACCCUUGAGGAGGUGGAUGGCAUCUUCGAGAAGAUUGAGCCCUUCUUUGCUAAGCGCUGGCUGCGAGUACAGCUGGCACUGGAGGCGCCAGCGCGAGGUGAGUUUGAGGAGGCUGAGCAGAGGGUGGAGGAUGGCUAUGUUGGCGCAGGCCACAUCGUCUGCGUCCUCGCAUGCCAUCCCAGGGGGUUCGCCUCUGAGGCUUCCUCGGAUGGGGUGGUCCACGUGAGUCAAUGCCAGCCGCUUCCUUUUCAGGCCAUCACCGAUGAUGCUGGACAGGCCAAGAUCUGCUUUCUGCCAGCAGCGCUGAACAAAGUGCAGGUGGCGGAGACGGACUUCUUUCAUGGUACUGAGGUCUCUCUUCUGGGGACUGACCUGAAGAGCUUGGACCAGGGUCUCACCGACCUCACCGUGAAACUCCUGCCAAAGGCACAGGCUUCUCUCUCCAUCCACGUCUUCCGCUGCCCAGAUGAGCUUCCAAAGGCUUCCGAGGAGAUGUUUGGCAUCAUCGACUGGGCUGCGGAGGAGCGUUUUGCCUUGGAACAGGCAGAGGUAGAGGUGACGCAACUUGAGAACGGCAAGCAGCCGCUGCUACUUUCCCACGCAGCAGAGGAUCGGUUUGAAGCAAAAGGUUUGGCAGAAGGCUGCGUAGCUGUGAAAGUCAAGUGCGGAGGGUACGAGACAGAGGAGAGGACGAUGAUGUUGCUGGUCGGGCCGAACCAUUUCUUCUUCCCCAUGACAGCCAGCUGCCGAUUUGCUUCCUAA